AUGGCCAGAAGAUCACUUUGGCAGAGGCAUAGAAACAAGGUUUUGUUUUCGUCCGCGACGGUCGCCUUUAUUUUCAGUACCGGCGCCGUCUCUCUUUACCUCAUCAAGAAAUGGCUCUGGCGACAACAACUGAAAAUAACCGAGCAACAAUUCGUGAAAGAGCAGAUCAAGCGCAGGUUUACACAGACCCAGCAGGAUGCCCUUUAUACCAUGUACGAGCUUGUUCCGGUCCUCUCACUCGUAUUGGUGAAAGACUUGAACGUGGACGAAAUCGUGGGAUCGCUCAAGGGCAAGAAGCUGCUUAGAAAGCUCUCACGCGACUUCAAAGAUGCAGAACGCGACGGUCUUUCUUCAGGAAUGAGCACGAGCGUCACAGAGGCACAAGCCACAGCCAACGCCACCCCAGAUAAUGCGCGUACUAAAGCAGAAUUGUGGAAUGACCUCAAGCUGAAAUCACUAGUCAAGCUAUGCACUGUGAUAUACAGUGUUUCCUCACUUUUGUUGCUCACACGACUGCAGCUAAACAUUCUAGCUAGAAGAGAGUACCUCGAGAGCGCCGUGAAGGUUGCAGUCGAAAAAAAAUCGUCUACCCCGGGAUUCUUCACCUCUUGGAUAAACAGCAUAUGGCAAACGCCGCCCAACACGUCCCAAGCCUUCCAAAAGGAAAAUUCGGUGAGCACGGAUCUUUCAGAGGAAGCGCAACAAAUUCGGAAAUCUAGUUAUAUCAACGAGCAAGCAUUUUUAUCAUUUUCCUGGUGGCUAUUAAAUCGUGGAUGGCUGCAGUUCAAAUCCUUAGCUGAAAAGCUAGUCGAGCGUGAAUUUGGAGAAUUAAAUCCACGCGACGUGCUCUCGGUUGAGGAUUUCGGAGAAAGAUUGUCGCGCGUCCUGCAUUCCAUCAACAAGGAGCUUUUGGUUCAACCUCAACACCAAUCAAAGGACGAAAAACAGCCAGUAAAGCAGAUUUUACUGCCUGAUUCAAAUCUCGAGCAAUUCGUGUUGCAGCAAACGCUAGACCCGGAUGCACUCAAACAGUUGUAUGACGAUAACACUGUUUUGCGGCAACUUUUGAACGAGACUAGCAAAUGUGUUCAAUCCACUGCGUCUUUAGUUGUGCUGGAGAGUCUGGUCAACGAUGCAUUCCAGUUCACCAUGUUGCAUGUUGAGGAAAGUGUUGCCAAAAAGAACAAGCGCAAGCCUGUGGAUGAUGAUGCCUCUUCAGUGGCUGCAUCGACUGCAGCUGAUGUGAAGUUUCAAAUGGCUCUGUUUUCUGUCAGUUGUAAAGGAUGUUGCGACGAAAUGCUCAAGAGCGGAGUGGUUUCGAUGAACAACAUGUUUUUACAAAGGUUAGACUCCAUACCCGAACUAGAUGAUCUCAGUGCUAGCGUUUACAGUAAUUUUGGAUUUUAG